GAUCCAGACAAGCCCUGGGUUAGGAGAAAGAGAGACUGGUCCUAAAAUAGUGUAAGAGAGCCGCACAAUUUCUGACAGUCAGUGCAGUCGUCCCCAAGAGUCCCAUUUUUUUUUUACCUGUGCAUGCGUGAUUAGUCCUGAGCUCGUCCUGGUAGAUCCGUGGGAUCUUCAGAGAAACAUGGUGCGUCGCAUGAAGAGUCCGAUCCCCUCGCAUGUACACAACGCAGCGGUGGCGACUGGCGAGUGCCGACCUCGACCGAUUCUUCUUCGAAAUCCUCCACUAGAGGAUCGCAGCUUCUCUUUUGAGCGAACAAUAAAGCACCAGCUGCUCUCACGCUUCCGCGUUUAGCCAGGCCGGCCCCGGCCACGAGCCCACGACAAUGAAGCCGCCCGCGUCGUCCACCGCCACCUCCUACCUCCUCCUGGCCCCGCUCGCGAUCCUCCUGCUCGUCUUCGUGCUACCGUCGCUCCGCCCUUGGUCCCGCGUAGGCUCCGACUCCGACGGCCUCGGCAUCCUCUGCGCCCGCCGCACCGGCGGCUUCGUCGACGUCGCCGCCGACGCGCCGGCGCCGCCACCGGGCCAGACGACACGGGCGGCGGAGUUCAGCCUACUGGUGGGCGUGCUGACCGUGCCGGGCCGGCGGGAGCGGCGCGACAUCGUGCGCACGGCGUACGCGCUGCAGCCGGCCGCGGAGGGCGCGCGCGUGGACGUGCGCUUCGUGUUCUGCCGCGUGACGGACCCCGUGGACGCGGCGCUGCUGGCGGUGGAGGCGAGGCGGCACGGGGACGUCCUGGUGCUGGACGGCUGCGCCGAGAACAUGAACGACGGCAAGACGUACGCGUACCUGUCGUCGGUGCCGCGCCUCUUCGCGGCGGAGCCGUACGACUACGUGAUGAAGGCCGACGACGACACGUACCUGCGCGUGGCGGCGCUGGCGGGCGAGCUGCGGGGCAAGCCCCGCCACGACGUGUACCUGGGCUACGGCUACGCCAUGGGCGGGCAGCCGAUGCCGUUCAUGCACGGCAUGGGGUACGUGGUGUCGUGGGACGUGGCGGCCUGGGUGGCCGGCGCGCGGGAGAUCCUGGAGCGCAACGACACCCUGGGCCCCGAGGACCUCAUGGUCGGCAAGUGGCUCAACCUCGCCGGCAGGGGCAGGAACCGCUACGACCUCAAGCCCCGGAUGUACGACCUCAGCUGGGACAUGGACAACUUCAGGCCCGACACCGUCGCCGUGCACACGCUCAAGACGAACCGCCGGUGGGCGGCGGCGUUCAGGUACUUCAACGUCGUCACUGCGGGGAUCACGCCGUCGUCCGAACUGUACCACCUGCCGUGAUCGUCUCAUCGAUCGACCAACACUUUUUUUUUUUGUAAUUGUCUGCGACCCUUGCCAAUUGUAUAACAAUUAUCUGGCAAUACAUGAAUGGAUCGUGGAACAGUGGUGGGGGAGCAUUUGAGUCA